UAGUAGUUUAAAGAGUGGACCUCCACCAGACUCACAGCAAACUGUACUCUUUAUCAUUGAAGGUACAGUAUGGAGUUUCUAGGAUGUUAAGGAUGAAUUUGGUUACAAACAAACUCUGUUGCGUUAUUUCAUUUUCUUAUGACUAUCGUGUAUUAAUUCAGUAAUAUCUUCUUCACAGGCUGAUCUCAGGCCAGUUGGAAGAAAGGUUCUACCAUCUGAUAUCAAUAGUGGAAGAACUGAGAAGAAGGUGAGGAACAUUUCAGCUCCUAAAGACCAUGAGGAGUCCCAGAGUGCCCUGAGAAUGCUGCGCCUGCAAAUGACAGAUGGACAUACCACCUGUGUUGGAUUAGAGUAUAAGGACCUGUCUAAGAUCAGCCUUAAUACCCCCCCUGGAACGAAGGUAAAGCUCCUUGGUACAGUCCAAGUUAAAAAUGGUCUUUUGCUGCUCGAUGACUCAAAAAUCUCUGUCCUCGGAGGAGAGGUUGAUCACAUGGUAGAGAAAUGGGAGCUACAAAGGAGUCUGGCCAAGCACAGCAGGAGUAACAUUGGAGCAGAAGGUGGACCUCCUCCCUUUGUGCCAUUUGGUCAGAAGUGUGCAAGGAAGGAUGAAGUAGACAGCAGAGAGCUAGACAAGAGGAAGACCCUUCAAACUCAGAGUGUGGUCAAAGGUACUGAUGAGAAUGACGAGUUUGAAAAGCAGCGUACAGCAGCUAUUGCUGAAGUGGCCAAGACCAAAGAGGGUCCCCGCACUUUUGGUGGUGGAGGAAAUGCAGGCAGUAAUUUAUCCAGUGCUGCUUUAUCCUCCCGGAACCGAGAGCCAUUCCAGCCGAGGAGACGAGAAGACAGGGUCGAACGGACUGAAAGCAGAGAGGAUGGAAUCUACCGUGAGCUGGUAGAUGAACGUGCACUGAGGGACAUCACUGAGAUGGGCUUUAACAGAGAGGCUGCUCGGCAGGCUCUGAUGGAUAAUAAUAACAACUUUGAAGCAGCACUAAAUAGCCUACUGACUGGUAGCAGACCUGGUCCUCUGGUACCUGAGUGUAACAAACCCCAACCCAGAGCCAGAGGAAGGGGAAGAGGCAGGUCAAGAAAUGAAGAUGAGGAAGAGGGAGGAGGGGGAAGGCCAUCUGGACCAAGCACUCUAUUUGACUUUCUGGAAUCCAAGAUGGGAGUUUUCUCCAUUGAUGAGCCAAAGAGCCAAGCACCCCAGAGACAUCACGAGAGUAAAGUGAGUUUCUCCAACUCAGGCUAUUACUCCAAAGACACACCUCAGAAGUUCUCCUCACAUAAUGACCAUAGGCAACAAAGGAAUGACAGACCACCUCGUUUCCACAAGGACACUGAAUUUCCUAAACCUGGCCAGGAGCCUCUCUCUAACUCUGCUACCUCUCAAGCAUCAGCUCAAGCCCAGCAGUGGAAGGGCCAGGAAAGGUGGUCACGAGGCCCAUCAGACAGGUCACACAAUGACAGGAAAGAGAUGCGGGAUGAGCACAUGGUUCCCUCUUCUUUCACAUCUACCUUCACACGUUCAAAAGAACCUCAGCAGCAGAUGGAGUUUAGUGGCUCUUAUAAUCAACGGUCCAGAAAUGGAGAUGGUGGUGCUGGGAGCAUGCCUGGAAUGUCUUACAGGAAAGGGGUAAAAGACAGUGUACCCACAUCUAAACUGGCUAAUUCUGCAGGUAGUGAGCUGGAUGGAAGAGGAAAUAAUAAACGGACUGACAGAAGUGAAGACCCCAACAGCAGCAGGAGGAAGGGGAAGAGUAAUCGGCCAAACUCAGACCAUCUUGACCGACAAAGAGAUAGUGGCCCACCAAAUUUUAACUCAAGGGGAGGAAGCUCAGGGACAUCCCAAGAAGUGGGGUCAUCAUGUGAGUCUCGAACCAUGACAGGGGAUCCUUCCCAUUUCCAAAAUGGAGAUAUGGAACACAAAAGAACUGGGCCAAUCAAGCCAACAAACCCAUCUUGUCCCCCCACCAGGGAACCACCUCCCAAGAAAAACACAACUUAUAACCCAGGAUCUAAAAGAAGGUCGGGACAAAUCAGAGGUCAAGGUCCUCGAGGACCAGAGAAAAGUCAUAUCGUGGAACAUGCUUGGAAGCCUGGUGACCGGUGCCUGGCGCUGUACUGGGAGGACAGCAAGUUCUACCAUGCCAGAAUAGAUGCUGUGCAUCCAUCAGGCUCCACGGCUGUGGUUGUAUUUAGUGAUUAUGGAAACUGUGAAGAAGUCCUGCUGCAUAACAUCAAACCUGUUGCAGCUGAUGCAAUGGAGGAAGAUGAUGGUUGCUACGACAGUUCACUAGAGUUUCGCCGUGGGGGAGAUGGACAGCCAAGACGUACGAGGCCCACACAACAGUACUACCAACCACCCAGGGCACGAGAUUAAUGUAAAGUUUUUACGUUGGCAGUGUGCUCUUCCCACAUCCUUCCACGGCAGAGAUUAGGUCACUUUCUGCAACAAUCCAGAGUGCUUCCUGAAUUUUUAAGUGUCCAUAUUGUCAGGACGUAUGAGACUUUUCAAAGGGCUUGGACACCAUGCAAAAAUAAAAGAAAAACUGACACUUGUUGUUUUUGUUAAGGACAUGUCUACUGUAUAUGGUGUGAAGAUUUGUUAAAUGAAUGCAUUACAAUAAACAGUAAUUACAGUAUGUAGCGGAUUUCCUGUUUUGUGUUUGGGUUUUUUUAAACAAUGAAUAAAAUAAUGCAGAGCAGAAAAGAAAGCUC